AUGUCCUUCCCACAUUUCGGACAUCCAUAUAGCGGCGCUUCUCAGUUUCUGAUGUCGGCCAGUCCAAGCACCACUUGCUGCGAGUCCGGCCCCAGCUCCGUUCCCGACGUGGCCUCCGGCUCCAGUCCCACCGCCGCUCUCUGCUGCGCAUCCUACAAUAGUCGGCUAAUGGGCAGCGCGAGGCCCGAGCUGGGUCCGGCCUUGGGCAUCUAUGGAGGUCCUUACGCGGCCGCGCAGAGCUACCCCGGCUACCUGUCCUACGCCCCUGAGCCCUCUGCGCUGUACGGGGCGCUGAAUCCACAGUAUGAAUUUAAGGAGGCUGCAGGGAGCUUUACAUCCAGCUUGGUCCAAUCAGGAGCCUAUUACCCUUACGACCCCACACUGGGGCAGUACCAAUACGACCGUUACGGCUCCAUGGAGCUGAGUGGUGCUGGUCGCCGGAAGAACGCCACCCGUGAGACCACGAGCACGCUCAAGGCCUGGCUGAACGAGCACCGUAAGAACCCCUACCCCACCAAGGGCGAGAAGAUCAUGCUGGCCAUCAUCACCAAGAUGACCCUCACCCAGGUGUCCACCUGGUUCGCCAACGCGCGCCGGCGCCUCAAGAAGGAGAACAAGAUGACGUGGGCCCCCAAGAAUAAAGGAGUGGAAGACAGGAAGGCAGAGGGCAGCACAGAGGAACGGCUGGGCAGCCUGAAUGGGGACACCAAAGAUCUUACUGCUAACCGAGAGGCCCAGGGUCUCCGACUGAGUGACCUGGAAGACUUGGAGGAAGAGGAGGACGAGGAGGAGGCUGAAGAAGAGGAGGCAGAGAUCACAGGGGCGGACUGGCAGGCGGGCUUCCACAAAGACGCGCAGUCACUGCCGGCGGCUCCGUGCGCCACAGCUCGAGAGCGCAGGCUGGAGCGCAGGGAGUGCGGCCUGGCGCCACCCGGCUUCUCCUUCAGUGAGCUCCCGGGACCUCGAGCCCAGGGCGCGGACUUCCAAGAGGCGGAGCCCCGGGGCCCCACACUCACCCGGCACUUCUGCAGCGAGAAACCGCGCAUCUGGUCUCUGGCACCCACUGUGGAGGCCAACACCAUCGAAGAUGUGCUCCAGGCGCGGCCAAGGCCAAGGAGUCCUCAGUGCCAUUUGAUUCCUGGGCAGCCUCCAGGCUCUGGCGAGAGACCUGUGGUCCCCAGAAACUCUGUGUGCUAUGAGCCUUCCCGCGUAGCCAAAGCCUUUGGAAACCCUACAUUUGGCCUGCAGGAGGUGGCACUGAGCUGUGCGCCCAGCCCGCUGCGGAGGGGGCCUGCGGUGCAAUGCCAGUACCCGUCCGGAGCAGAAGGUAGUGGGCUCCCAACCUUGCCCUUCAAGAGACACUUCCCCACCCUCUUCUUUUAA